GCCACCACACUACUCACAACCUGCUCCUUCCCAAUCCCCUCAAUAACAUACCUCAUCUUCAAGUCCGUUGGAAUCGGAUUCGCCGUACCCUUAACGCUACGAUGCUGUCUCUCAAUCUCACUAAACGCGCCCUGCAGCCCAUACCAUUGUGCCUGGUACUUCUCGCGGCCCUGCGCGAUAGUGAUGGGAUCCUCGAAGGUCGCGUCGUCGCGCUAGAGAGCGAGUCUUUGGAGAGACGGGUGUCCGGCAAAGAGGUCGAGGAUCGAGCCGAAAAUGGGUUGUUGCUGGGUAGAGAGGGUGACGCCGGGGGUGGUGGGAAUGUUCGUGUUUUCGAUGUUGAGGAAGGAGAGGAGGGAUUGGGAGGGAAUUUCUGUUACGGCUUCAGCUUGGAGUUCUCAGCUGGAGGUGCUCAGAUUGGUAACAGAGAAGGGACAUUUGGGCUGAUGUUGUGAAUCUGGAUAUCUGUGAAACUGCGGGGUUUGAUAGUUGUCUGAACGAUGUGUUACAAGUUCGUGUGAUGGUGAAUGGACGCAUUGAUUCAAUUAUGAGGAUUUAUCUACGCAUAUGAGCACCUAUCCAACCCUCCUUUAUGCGACAGCUGGUCGUGACGCGUUCUCACUUGAACGCGUUCGGUGCAGAGUCCAAGACGUCAUCGGUUGGCUUGAGACGUUCCAGUGGAUAGAGCAGAUCAUCGCGGGUUUAAACUCCAGGGUUGCAAAAACGUGGUUUCCGCUUCGCGAAAUCGAUCCUUCUUAUGAUUCAAUUGGGGAGGAAUGAGAAUCCGAUCUUCCAUAUCGCAAUUCUGACGUUGGUGCAUCCUGGCUUCGGCGUGUAGUCGGUCAAAUCCAAGGUUCGCAGGCGGUCGUUGGCAAUCUCAUACUUUGCCUUUAUAUUGAUCUCUUCUCUCAGACCAAAACUGACCUGUGAAAGCCCAUGAAUA